AUGUCGAUCCUGUAUAGGAUACGACGUCAGUUUUUGUGGUAUCCUACCACUCUUCCUGUCUUCAUCCUGUUUACUGCUGUCUGCUUUGCUCAUACAUUUAGAACCAUAGCUAGCUGGAUGGUCAACUACUCCUAUCCUAGCAAAGUGGUAGCGGAUUACAUGAAGGAUUAUGCCGCCGCCGCCGUGGCUGCCAACUCAACAUUAGCAGGAGGUGAUCACUCCUUUGACCCUGUCACCAUGAAGGGCUGCAGGUACAUCGUCCACUGGCCUGCCUACAAGGUCACCGGUACAUGGAAUGGUAAAAGCUCCUUGUACAGAUGCGAGGCAGUACCAAAGGAAGGUGUUGUUACUGUUGGCAUAAUCUGGGACGAGGGCAAUGAAGAAAAGCUCAUCUCACAUGGUCUCAACAGCUUGCGAAUUAAAGGUGCAUGCCUAUCGUAUUCCUUGUCCCACCUGCUGAGGCGUCGCUUCUUCGGGAUGGAUUGUGCUGAGGCUAGCCUUCCAGAGACACGUCGGUUCGUUCUUGAAGGGUUGCUAUCAGAUAACAACGCUAGUGAUGAGUACACAGAAGCAUUCAGGGAUAUCGAGAUGGAGUUAGCAUUCCUGUAUGAUUUCUUCUACACAAGAAUAAUAUGUGACGAUGCAGAGUUGAGAAGCAGGCAGCUUCCCUGCUAUGACAACCAUGAAGUCGCAACCAAAUUAUCAUGCUACUGCGCAUAUCUGAUGUCUAAUGUCCCAAAGUUGCUUCCAGGGAAUUCCAUUGAUACCAGGUCUAUCUUUGAUGAAGCGAUGUACAAAGCCAGAGAAGCAUUGGGAACCAAUGCUCGAGACAGAGAUGGACUUCAGAGGGCCCUAUCGUGCUCUGGAGUCGACAAUAGCAUCCUAACCAAAGGACUCAAGCUUGGGACAGAGCUGGAGGCCAUAGAAGACACUUCUAGGCGCUGGAAGGUUUCAUUGAACCUCUAA